AUGUAAACACGGUGAGGUCGCUGAAAAGUUCCACACUGUUAGUGCUGCAUGCGGACCUAGCGCACAGUUUUCGGCAUACAACAUUUCUUCAUGUCGUUUUUGACGCUUUAUUUUAUUUGCAAAUAAACCAACACAAUAAUUUGUCUUCCUUUUAACUUAGCCAUUUUUCAAGCAAGAUUUUCGCUCGUGCAUCCUCAUUAGCAUCUGGCCAGCGUGUGUUGCACGUGGGCAAGCAUUGCGGAACUGAAGCAUCGAUCAGACAAAAAGCUGAUAUUGCUUCCCAUAAUCGAAUCGAAGACUGCGUUAAAUCUGUACAAUUACAGUAUUGACAAUUUUAUUUAAAAAAAUGGCAACCCUGAUUUUAGAAGAUGGGACCACGUUCAAGGGCCGCCUUUUCGGGGCAAAUGCGUCAGUGUCUGGUGAAGUUGUGUUCCAGACAGGCAUGGUUGGCUACCCAGAGGCCCUGACUGACCCGUCCUACAUGUGUCAGAUCCUCACCCUCACCUACCCUCUGCAGGGCAACUAUGGAAUACCCCAGGAUGAGGAGGGGGACUUUGGACUCAGCAAGUGGUUUGAGUCUUCUAAGAUCCACGCUGCAGCCCUCAUUGUCGGAGAGGUCUCCCAGAACCCCAGCCACUGGAGCUCAGCCAUGUCUCUGGACCAGUGGCUCAAAGAGCAGGGCAUCCCCGGCCUAGAGGGAAUUGACACCCGUCGUCUGACCAAGAAGAUCCGUGAGAAGGGUACAAUGCUGGGGAAGCUGGUUGUAGACGGAACGCCCGAGGCCAACGUUCCAUUUGACAACCCUGACCAGAGGAACCUUGUCAAGGAGGUGUCCAUGAAGGAGCCCCGGGUGUUCAACCCCAGUGGUGCUGUCAGGAUCACCGCUGUAGACUGUGGCAUUAAGUACAACCAGAUCCGUUGCCUGUGUCAGAGAGGGGCCUGUGUCACCGUGGUGCCCUGGGAUCACCCACUGGACAGCACAGAUUUUGAUGGGCUGUUCAUCAGCAACGGCCCUGGGGACCCCCAGUUCUGUACGGAGACCAUAGACAACUUGAGGAAGGUGGUGUGUGUGGACAACCCCAAGCCUGUGUUUGGUAUCUGCCUGGGCAACCAGCUUCUCUCCCUCGCCAUCGGAGCAAAAACCUACAAAAUGAAGUAUGGGAAUCGUGGCCAUAACCAGCCCUGUAUCCACAAGGGCACAGAUCGCUGUUUCAUCACAUCUCAGAACCAUGGCUUUGCUGUGGAUCCCCUGACCCUGCCACAGGGCUGGGACGUGCUCUUCACCAACGCCAAUGACCAGACCAGUGAGGGCAUCGUGCACAACACCAAACACCUAUUCAGUGUCCAGUUCCACCCAGAGCACAUGGCAGGCCCCACUGACCUGGUCAGUCUGUUUGAUGUGUUUCUGGACACAGUCAGAGACCACAAGGAGGGCAAGAGUGGCAAACCAGUGAAGCAGAGACUGACAGAGCACCUGACCUAUCCUGGAUCUACCAAUCCGGAGGAAUUUGUUCGGCCACGCAAAGUCCUAAUCCUGGGUUCUGGAGGCCUCUCCAUCGGACAGGCUGGGGAGUUUGACUACUCUGGCUCUCAGGCCAUAAAAGCAUUGAAGGAGGAGAACAUUCAGACUGUGCUCAUCAACCCCAACAUCGCCACGGUGCAAACCUCCAAGGGUCUGGCUGACAAGGUUUACUUCCUGCCUCUCACCCCGGAGUAUGUCACUCAGGUGAUAAAGAAUGAGCGUCCAGACGGGGUCCUCCUGACCUUCGGGGGGCAGACUGCUCUUAACUGCGGGGUGCAGCUGACCAAGAGGGGAGUCCUGAAGAAGUAUGCGGUGCGCGUGCUGGGGACGCCGGUGGCUUCCAUUGAGAUGACUGAGGACAGGAAGAUCUUUGUGGAGAAGAUGGAGGAGAUCAAUGAACACGUGGCACCCAGCGAGGCCGCUGUGUCUGUGGAGCAGGCAGUAGCGGCUGCAGAGCGUAUUGGCUACCCUGUCCUGGUGCGCUCGGCCUUUGCCCUGGGAGGACUGGGCUCUGGCUUUGCCAACAACAGGGAGGAGUUGGCCUCUCUGGUGACAUCUGCCUUCGCCCACACUUCCCAGGUCCUAGUGGACAAGUCCCUGAAGGGUUGGAAAGAGAUUGAGUAUGAGGUGGUCAGAGACGCCUACGACAACUGUAUCACCGUAUGUAACAUGGAGAACAUUGACCCUCUGGGUAUCCACACUGGGGAGUCCAUCGUGGUGGCGCCCAGUCAGACGCUCAACGACUAUGAGUACAACAUGUUGAGGAACACUGCCAUCAAGGUCAUCAGACACCUAGGCAUCGUUGGAGAGUGUAACAUCCAGUACGCCCUCAACCCGGAGUCUGAGCAGUACUACAUCAUUGAGGUGAAUGCCCGUCUGUCUCGGAGCUCAGCUCUGGCCAGUAAAGCUACAGGAUAUCCCCUGGCCUACGUGGCUGCCAAGCUGGGAUUGGGCAUCCCGCUACCUGUCCUCAAGAACUCGGUGACCAACCAGACCACGGCUAACUUUGAGCCCAGUCUGGACUACUGUGUGGUAAAGGUCCCUCGCUGGGAUCUCAGCAAGUUCCUGCGCGUCAGCACCAAGAUAGGUAGCUCCAUGAAGAGCGUGGGAGAGGUGAUGGCCAUCGGCCGCAGCUUUGAGGAAGCCUUCCAGAAGGCUCUGCGGAUGGUGGAUGAGAACUGUGUGGGCUUUGACCACACCAUCAAACCAGUGUCUGACGAGGAGCUGCAGACCCCGACAGACAAACGUAUCUUUGUUCUGGCGGCUGCUCUCAGGGCAGGCUAUACAGUGGACCGCCUUUACGACCUAACCAAGAUCGACCGCUGGUUCCUUCACAAAAUGAAGAACAUCGCGGUCCAUGAGAAGGUGCUGGAGUCGUACAACCAGGACGAGAGCGCCAUGCCUCUGGAGGUGAUGAGGAAAGCCAAGCAGCUGGGCUUCUCAGACAAGCAGAUCGCCCUGGCUGUGCAGAGUACCGAGCUGGCGGUGAGGAAGAUGCGUCGAGAUUGGAGCAUCCUGCCUGUGGUGAAGCAGAUCGACACUGUGGCGGCGGAGUGGCCCGCCCACACCAACUACCUGUACCUGACCUAUAACGGUACGGAAAGCGACCUGGGCUUUGGAGAACCCCAUGUCAUAGUAAUCGGCUCUGGGGUUUACCGCAUCGGCAGCAGUGUGGAGUUUGACUGGUGCGCUGUGGGCUGUAUCAUGGAACUCAGGAAGAUGGGCUAUAAAACCAUCAUGGUGAACUAUAACCCAGAGACUGUCAGCACAGACUACGACAUGUGUGAUCGUCUCUACUUCGAUGAGAUCUCCUUUGAGGUUGUGAUGGACAUCUAUGAGAUGGAGAACCCAGAGGGAGUGAUCCUGUCCAUGGGGGGCCAGCUGCCCAACAACAUCGCCAUGUCCCUCCACAGGCAGCAGUGUCGUAUAUUGGGCACCUCCCCGGAGUUCAUCGACUCUGCUGAGAACAGGUUUAAGUUCUCCCGCAUGCUGGACACCAUUGGCAUCAGCCAGCCCCAGUGGAAGGAACUCACUGAGAUUGAGUCAGCCAUGAAGUUCUGUGAGACUGCGGGCUACCCCUGCCUGGUGCGUCCCUCCUACGUGCUGAGUGGAGCGGCCAUGAACGUGGCGUACACAGACAGCGACCUGGAGAAGUACCUUAGCAGCGCUGUGGCCGUGUCCAAGGAAUACCCCGUGGUCAUCUCAAAGUUCAUCCAGGAGGCCAAGGAGAUAGACGUGGACGCGGUGGCGUGCGACGGCGUGGUGAUGGCCAUCGCUGUAUCGGAACAUGUGGAGAACGCCGGGGUGCACUCUGGGGACGCCACCCUGGUCACACCCCCCCAGGACAUCAACCAGAAGACCAUGGAGCGUAUCAAGAUGAUCGUCCAUGCCAUCGGACAGGAACUGCAGGUCACCGGGCCUUUUAACCUGCAACUCAUCGCUAAGGAUGACCAGCUGAAGGUGAUCGAGUGCAACGUCCGUGUCUCCCGCUCCUUCCCAUUCGUCUCAAAGACUCUUGGAGUGGAUCUGGUCGCCCUGGCAACGCGCGUCAUAAUGGGAGAUAAGAUGGAGCCCGUGGGUCUGAUGAAAGGAGUGGGCAUCGUGGGCGUCAAGGUCCCCCAGUUCUCGUUCUCUCGUCUUGCCGGAGCUGAUGUGGUGCUGGGGGUAGAGAUGACCAGUACUGGGGAGGUGGCCUGCUUUGGAGAGAACAGAUACGAGGCCUAUCUGAAGGCCAUGCUCAGCACAGGCUUCAAGAUCCCCAAGAAGAACAUUCUGCUGUCAAUUGGCAGUUACAAGAACAAGAGUGAGCUGCUGCCUACUGUUCAGGCGCUGGAGAGUCUGGGCUAUGACCUGUAUGCCAGUCUGGGGACUGCUGACUUCUACACUGAGCAUGGAGUCAAGGUGAUGGCGGUGGACUGGCCAUUUGGGGAGGAGGAGAGCGACUGCCCCAACAAGGACAAGCAGAGGAACAUCUUGGAAUACCUGGAGGACCACCACUUUGACAUGGUCAUCAACCUCUCUAUGAGGAACUCCGGAGGCCGACGCCUCUCCUCCUUCGUCACCAAGGGUUACCGCACCCGCCGCAUGGCCAUCGACUACUCCGUGCCCCUCAUCAUUGACAUCAAGUGCACCAAGCUGUUUGUCCAGGCGCUGCGUCUGGUUGGCAGCUUCCCGCCCGUCAAGACUCACGUGGACUGUAUGACGUCACAGAAGUUGAUUCGCCUGCCUGGUCUGAUAGAUGUGCACGUCCACCUGCGGGAGCCGGGUGCCACCCACAAGGAGGAUUUCUCCUCGGGCACAGCGGCUGCCCUGGCAGGGGGCGUCACCAUGGUAUGUGCCAUGCCCAACACGGCACCUGCCAUAAUCGACCCCAGCUCCUUCGCCAUGGUCCAGAAGCUUGCCAAGGCAGGGUGUCGGUGUGACUAUGCCCUUUACGUCGGAGCGACUUCAGACAACUCCACCAUCUUGCCCUCCAUCGCUAACUCCGCCGCUGGGCUGAAGAUGUAUCUGAACGACACCUACUCCACUCUGAAGAUGGACAACGUCUCAAUGUGGAUGGAGCACUUUGAGAAGUGGCCCAAGCACCUGCCAAUCGUGGCACACGCAGAGAAGCAGACUGUGGCAGCCGUCUUGAUGGUGGCCCAGCUGUACCAGAGAGCUGUACAUAUCUGCCAUGUGGCCAAGAAGGAGGAGAUCCUGAUCAUCCGUGCAGCCAAGCAGAAGGGCAUCCAGGUGACGUGUGAGGUAGCACCCCACCACCUCUUCCUGUGUGAGGAGAACGUGGUGGACAUUGGGGACGGCCGGGCACAGGUCCGCCCCAUGCUGGGCACCAGGGAGGACAUGGAGGCCCUCUGGGAACACCUGGACAUCAUUGACUGCUUCGCAACUGACCACGCCCCCCAUUCAGUGGAGGAGAAGAACUCAGAGAAGCCCCCACCAGGUUACCCCGGCCUUGAGACCAUGCUGCCCCUUCUCCUCACCGCCGUCAGCGAUGGGCGCCUCACCAUCGACGAUAUCAUCAAGCGCCUGUACGACAACCCCCGCAAAAUUUUCUCCCUUCCCGCACAGGCCAACACCUAUGUAGAGGUGGACCUGGAGCAGGAGUGGGUCAUCCCCAAACACAUGCAGUUCACCAAGUCCAAGUGGACGCCCUUUGAAGGCAUGAAGGUGAAAGGCAAGGUCCGCAGAGUGGUGCUCAGAGGAGAGGUGGCCUACAUCGACGGACAGGUGCUGGUCCCGCCUGGCUAUGGGGAGGAUGUGAAGACUUGGCCUGCACCCAUCCCCCUCCUCCAGCCCCCUGAGCCAGUGAAAGAAAUCCCAAAGACCCCAGAGCACCCCCGGCUGACCCCUCCAUGUGAGGGCAUCCGUACAUGCGCCCAGAGUCCUCGCCGUUCCGCUGGGGACGGGCGCUACAUGCUCCCGCCUCGCGUUCACAGGUCCUCCGACCCAGGCAUGCCCCCAGAGAUGGCCCCUGCAGCUGGGGACAGUUACAGCCAUCCCCCUCCCCUGGCCAGGAUCCUGUCCCCUCGGGCUGAGGCAGCGGCAGGGCAGCCCCUGGCCCACCUCCAGACCUCCCCAGUGCUCCACCCCCUAGUGGGACAACACGUCCUCUCUGUCAGGCAGUUCAGCAAGGAACAGAUCUCUCACAUGUUUAACGUGGCCCAUACUCUUCGCCUGAUGGUUCAGAAAGAGAGAAGCCUUGACAUCCUGAAGGGUAAGGUGAUGGCAUCCAUGUUCUACGAGGUCAGCACGCGCACCAGCAGUUCGUUUGCAGCGGCAAUGCAGCGUCUGGGUGGCUCCGUGGUCCAUUUCUGUGAGGCCACCUCCUCGUCGCAGAAGGGCGAGUCUCUGGCGGACUCGGUCCAGACCAUGAGCUGCUACGCUGACGUCCUGGUGCUGCGACACCCCACGCCAGGGGCCGUGGAGUCUGCAGCGAGGCACUGCCGGAAGCCGGUGAUCAACGCUGGGGACGGGGUUGGGGAGCACCCCACGCAGGCCCUGCUGGAUGUAUUCACCAUCAGAGAGGAGCUGGGUACGGUCAACGGCAUGACGAUCACCAUGGUAGGGGACCUGAAGCAUGGCCGCACAGUUCAUUCCCUGGCCAGGCUGCUCACCCAGUACAGGAUCACUCUGCGCUACGUCGCCCCAAAGAAUCUCCACAUGCCCUCCGAGAUCAUUGACUUUGUGGCCUCCAAAGGCAUCAAGCAGGAAGAGUUUGAGAGCAUUGAGGAGGCCCUGCCUGACACUGACGUCCUCUACAUGACCAGGAUUCAGAAGGAGAGGUUUUCCUCCGAGGAAGAGUACAAAGCGUGCUUCGGUCAGUUCAUCCUCACCCCACACAUCAUGACUGGAGCGAAGAAGAAGAUGGUGGUGAUGCAUCCUCUACCGAGAGUCAAUGAGAUCAGUGCGGAGGUGGACACUGAUCCUCGUGCUGCCUACUUCCGGCAGGCUGAGAACGGCAUGUACAUCCGCAUGGCCCUCCUGGCCACUGUGCUGGGCAGAUGAUCGGUAGAUAGUUGGACACACCCCACUGUUGGGAUUGCGAGAGCAAUAUGGACCAAAUGUAUUAAGGUCUCAGUAAGAGUGAGGGGGCACUACUGGUGAUCACAAUGAUGAAACCGCUCCAACAGUCUAUAUACAGUCACAUGUUUAGUGUGUACUCCUCUUCAACCCUGGUAUUUCUCCCGGAAUGAAUUAGUAUUAUCACUUAACAACAAUUACUGUUCCAUGUUACAGAUAUCAGUAUGUAGUUCAUAGAAUACUUUAUUUUUGUAUCACUGACUGGAGUCGUCUGGUGUUGAUUGUAUGAUUUGUUGGACUCUUUUUAGGUGUUUUAUAAAUAAUAAAAUGUGAAUGGUUUUGUA